CCGCGCGCCUGGACGAUGGGAGCCCGCCCCUUCCUGGUGCAUGCGCCAGGGGCCCCCUCCGGUGAAGGGCGAGCGUACGGAGGCCGCCGAGGCAGCGGAGCCGCGUGGGUUGCUGGAACCCCGGCGCGCGCGGAGUCCGUCUUCUAACCUAGUUGUAACUCAAGAGGAGCUGAGACUCUGAUGGCAUGGCUUUAGUUACCUUACGGAGGAACCUCUAUCACUUAUCUGAUUUUCGGAUACAUGGAGCUCUGGCUUCUCUGAAAACUCAGCAUGUAAAUCAUGUUCACAAGACAGUCAACGAGCAUCUGUGUCCAUGGUUCUGGUCGCAGCACCCUGGGCCCAUCAGGGUGCGGUUCCAUCAUGCCCAUUGUAAGAAGUUUCAUUCAGAAAACGGAAAUGACCUCCAUCCAGUUGGGGAGCCAGGGUUCUCUCAAGUACACAACUGGGACAGAUUUGAACACAGUGUUAAAAAUGUGGACGAACAGAUGUUUUACAGGAAACUAAACAGCUUCACUUCAUCAGGAGAAAUCUUACGUUUUAUAAGCACACUGGAGACUUUGCCCGAUACUAUGAUGGCAGGAGCCUUACGUCGUAUUUGUGAAGUGGAAAGAAAAGAUGGUGAUCAAAGGUUGCCGAAAGAAAUACUGAAGAGUAGUGCCUUUCAAGCAUUGUGUGAUCAAUUUGGACGGGAUCCCUCGGAUCUGUCAAAUGCGGGUUUGGUGACUGCUUUUCAAGCCCUGACUCUGUUGUGUGGCGAUUCCCAGAGUCACUUGCUGACGAACCUGGAGGCGGAAUGCCAGCAUCGUCUUGAAAGGGGCGGCCUGGACGUUCACAGUCUUUGUAUUCUGGGGGAAACGCUGAUUAAACUGCACGGUCCAGGCUGUUCGACGCUAGACCUGAUCAUAUAUCAGCUGCAAGGGGAAAGUUUGGAAACAUUUACCCCUGAGGAUAUUGUGACCCUUUACAGACUAUUGCAGGCGAGUCCUGAAAAAGCAGACCAACAGCAGAGGUUCUUAAAUAAGAUCAAUCACUUUUCUCUAUCACUAGUUUCCAACCUGAGUCCUAAAUUGAUGAGCCAGAUGCUCACUGCCCUAGUGGUCCUUGAUCAGACUCAAGCCCUUCCCCUGGUUAUCAAACUGAGUAAGUACGUCGUGCGGCACAUUGCUCGUUUCACUAGUGAAGAGCUCAGAAAAGUCUUAGAGGCGUUCAUAUACUUUGGGCACAGUGACAGAUUCUUUACAGAAACCCUGGAGCAGCAUGUCGCUUCACUGUGUCUCACUCUGGAUCCUGAGCUUGUCAGCAGAGUCAUGGAGUACUGCAGCAGAAAGCUGAUUCUUUCAGAACCCAUCUUCAACGCAGUGGCAGAAACUUUUGUUUGUCAAGCAGAAAAAUUUUCACCUAGUCAGACUGCCAAGUUAAUUGAGCCAUUUGGAAAACUCAACUAUCUGCCACCAAAUGCUUCUGCUUUAUUUAGGAAGCUAGAAAACAUGCUGUUAACCCGCUUCAAUCAUUUUCCCCCAAAAACACUGCUGAGACUUCUCCAUUCGUGUUCACUUAUUGAGAGCCAUCCGGUCAAUUUUAUGGCCAAGAUAUUCAGCCCAUAUUUUCUUCAGCAGCUGCAAGGUGAAGAGUCCUAUUUGGACAGACUGAGCCUAGCACAACUGACCCAACUCUUCUUAACCUCAAUUCUAGAAUGUCCGUUCUACAAGGGUCCAAAACUGCUUCCUAAGUUUCAAGUGAAAUCCUUUCUUACUCCGUGCUCUUCCCUGGAGACCCCCAUGGAUUUUCACCUUUAUAAAUCUGUGAUGAUUGGACUAAUCGACCUGUUAGGAGCAAGACUAUAUUUUUCUUCAAAAGUGUUAACACCUUAUUGCUACACAAUAGAUGUUGAAAUUAAAUUAGACGAAGACGGAUUUGUAUUACCAUUUACAAUUGAUGAAGAUGUACAUAAAAGAGUAGCACUGUGCAUUGAUGGUCCAAAAAGGUUUUGUCUGAAUAGCAAACACUUACUGGGGAAGGAGGCUACUAAACAGAGACACCUGCGCUUGCUUGGCUAUCAAGUUGUCCAGAUACCCUAUUAUGAGAUUGAGAUGCUAAAAUCAAGACUGGAAUUAGUGGACUAUUUACAAGGAAAACUGUUUUCUCAAAACUCAGGUGGUCAUUGAUAAUAAGAACAAAUACUGACUCCUGAACUCACAUAGUGAAAGAACUUGCAAAUUAGCCAUUUAUUUAUGGAAUGAUCUGGAAAGGGUCUCUCAUAUACACUUUUGUUGUUGUUUAGUCACUAAGUCGUGUCUAAUUCUUUACGACCCCAUGGACUGCAGCACGCCAGGCUUCCCUGUCCAUCCCCAACUCCCGGAGUUUGCUCAAACUCAUUGAGUCAGUGAU